AUGGUGAUAGAGUAUGAGAACACCGACGUGAAUAUUUGCAGUCGAGACGGGGAUACACCUUUGUUGACCGCUGUGAAAGACCGUCGUGAGGCCGUGCUUAUGGCCUUGUUACGCGCAGAUCAGCCGUCUCAAGAUGAGGAUCAACUUCAGCAAGAGGACGAACAAGAGCCUUUAUCACCAUCUGCAGCCCAGGAUUUAACUCCGGGCGACAUGAAAGAUUCUUCAGUCGUUGCGGAGUCUAAUGGAUUGAAUCAAGAUAUUUACCCGGUCGAAUCGAAUCCCGUGCGCACUUCAUCAUCGAAGUCGUCCAAUUCUGUCGCUUCUCGUCUCACGUUAGCAUCAGCUCGAAGCGCCGUGUUUCGCGUCACAACCGGCACAGUCAGUGACUGCGGAUUCAUUCGAGCUGCUUCAGCAGCUUCUGUGAAUUGGCAUUCUGUUCAGCGUAGCACUGAUGUUACACUCAAAGCAUACAGUGGCCAGUAUCUCCGUGCUCACCCAUGUCCCAGGUCCUGUGUGUUUAAGUCUUCAUCACGUGUUGAGGAUGUGGAUGCUGAGGACCAUGCAGUUCCUGUCGGGGAUGACCAUGAUGACUCUGUGCUGGGGUCCACACGACUCCGUUCUUGUUUGACUCGUUUGAGCGCAAAAAAUUUCCGGUUACAAUCAUCUUCCCAUCUCACUGGAACCGAUCAUCAUCGUUCCACUGUGGCCUCUAGUUACAGUGGUAGCUCGCAUUUGUUUGGACCAUUUCGAAAAACAGAGAACUGCCAACGAUGUCAUAGUAUGGGAAAUCCUAGUGACGUGACAGGUUGGUGGCAGAAUUGUGACCGAGUCCAACGUUUUCUGACGAAAGCCGCGUCGUCUGUGCAAACCUCUCAUUCCAAUUCGAUCGCCGCUCGACAGAUGGGUGCUACUGCAAGUCCACCCGGAGGAAUCUCUCCGUCGCAGGUGUACAUUAGACCACGUCUGGAUUUAGAUCGACCGGAUAAAAUCGGUACUUGUCCAAAUGUGUCUUUUAUCAAUUUCGAUCCAGUUUUUCCAGUUUACUUUGGUAUGACAGCCCUUAUGAUUGCUGCUGAGGCUGGAAACAGUGGUUUGAACAUGACAAUUGCACUGGUGAAAGCUGGCUGCAACGUUGCCGCAGUGGAUAAAGUGGGCAUGACGCCGUUACAUCAUGCGUGUUAUGUAGGUGCGCUCAGUGUGGUUCGCUAUCUGCUAGAACGAGUUUCUCCAGUGAAUGCAAGUGGCACAACGAGCACCACGCAUACUUCAACCUCCCCAAACGGCUUCGGAUCCAGCUUGAAAGUAACCAGCGGUUCUGCCAAUUUCUCUGGUUCCCCUACUCUCUAUGGCUCCGGUAUAACUUCGACACAGACAACGAGCAGAGUUGUCAUUCCUGACCUGUUAGAUGCUCAGGAUAAAUACGGUCGUACUCCUAUCUAUCUGGCCUCGUGUCGGGGUCAUACGGAAGUGGUCAACUAUCUGAUCAACCUGAAUGCGGAUUUCCACAUUCCAAACAAGGAACACAAAUCUCCAUUGUAUAUCAGUGCUUAUUUUGGUUAUUUGGAAAUCGCCAAUACCUUAUUACGCCACGGUGCUCAGGUCGAUCAAACAGAUUCACAUCGGAAAACACCAUUGUAUGUGGCCACUUAUCACGGACGUUCCGAAAUCGUGGAUUUGUUGUUAGAUGCCGGAGCUAAUGUGAAUACCGCAGACAAGAAUGGGAAAACUCCGUUGUACGUGGCUGUGUUACACGGUCACCUGGCUUUGGCCCAAAAGCUUUUGAAUGCUGGCGCAUCGGUGAAUCGUGUUGAUCGUGAAGGCUUGGGCCCAUUACAUAUGGCUGUCAAAUUUCCCAAACUGGACAUUCCGAUGGUCAAACUGUUAUUAAGUUACGGAUGCGAUCCGGUCAAUCUAGCCAGUUUUACACGCUGGCUCCUGGUGCACGGGAUCAUUCCCCAAGAGUGUAUACACGGUGACGAUGAAUUAGCUCAAUGGUUGCACUGGGAAGAGUGUAAUGUGCGAUCGCUCAAACGCCUCUGUCGCGUGGCGAUCCAGCGUGCUCUUGGCAACACAGACUCCAUGCGAAUUAAACUACGCCGACUCCCAUUACCCGAACAUCUUCUUUCUUAUGUAUCAAUGAAAGAGUUGUGA